UUGUUGGAUACGAGAGAGGUAGUUAUUCGGGUGGGCCCACGGAUUGACAUCCCUAACAAGAGGCGUCACAUAUUUGAAGCCAAACCAAAACUUUCUUCUUCUACAAGAGGCGCCGCAUAUUUGAAGCCAAACCCAAACUUACCGCCCUCCCCACCGCCUCCGCACUGCUGCUUCUCCGCGUCGACCGACCGACCGAAGAAUCGAUUACACCACCGGCAAGAGUUUUGAGUAGUGAAACAAUGGAUGAUGAUCGACUCAGUGAGUUACCUGACUCGUUAAUCCUGACCAUUCUUUCGUUGUUAAAUAUGAAUGAUGUGGUUAUGACAACCCUUCUCUCCAAACGAUGGAAGAAUCGAUGGACCACCGUCCCCUGCCUUCGUUUUGACCCUCCUUUCAAGCAUAAUAAGUGGGUUGAAUAUUCAAAGUUUGUUUCUGGGGCUCUUGCACAAUGGAAAGGUGCCAAGAUUAUGAAGCUCACCAUAAUCUUCCAUGGUCAUGGUUCGAGCCCAUCUACUGAUAUUGAUUCGUGGCUGCGUUUUGCGAUCGAAAAACAAGUGGAAAAGCUACUUGUAGUUUUCAAGAAUGAUGAUGCAUACUUGGUUCCACAGUGUUUGUAUUCAUGCUCAUCAAUUACAGAAUUAUCCCUAUCCAAGUGUUCAUUGAAAAUUGAGAGGAAUGUGCAGUGGAAUCAACUCAAGAGAUUAGCAAUUUACCAAACGGAUGCGUUGAGUGGCGAUGUCAUGAACCAAAUUCUUGUGGGUGCUCCUCUGCUGGAAGAGUUGGUUUUGUUGGUUUUGUGGGGUUUUGAAAUUAGUGAAAACUUCAAUAUCCGAUCUACUAGCUUGAAGAUUCUCGAGAUCAACGGGUGUAAUGUAAAGGCAGAGGCAGAGCUGAGAAUUUGUGCUCCUAAUCUUUUGAGUUUAGAAGUUUCAGCCAGUGUUUGUGGGAGUUGUUUGCUAUAUGUCCCUUCUUUGACUACUGCAACUCUUUGUUUUGACGACUACUCUAUUACUCGUGAGGACAUGGCGCCUCUUGGAAUGUUCCAUCAAGUUUUUCAUAGCAUCCGCCAUGUCGAGAAUGUCUCAUUAUCAAAUUGGAGCAUUCAGUUUCUUGCUGACAUGAAGGAGAACGACAUGCCUGUUCAAUUCCCGAAUGCUGAGUUUCUAAAAAUAAGUGUUGUUAAAGACCAGCAGAUGCAUGAUGUUCUUGUUGUUCUUGAGAGCUUUCCUAAGCUGAAGACGUUAAUUGUUCAUGAGUUUGGUCGUAUUCAUAACUCAGUUGCGUCUGAGAUGACUUCCCGUGGUCCCUCUCUGCUUCAUCUACAGAAAGUUGAGAGUUUCGUACUUGAAUGCCAUGGCUCAAUAUCUCCACUGGUAAGAUUUCUAUUGGAAAACGCUCACGUGCUUCAAAAGAUGGUUGUUGAUCUCUAUGGACAGAGACGUGAUAAAGAGGCGUAUAUUUCGGCUUUAAAGGAGCUCCUGGGAAUGCGGAGAUCUUCCCCUUACGCAGAGGUGAUCAUAAGCCCACGUAGCUUGGCUUUUAAAUUUUGAUUAAUGAUGUCAAUUUGGGCCAAUCCGCUUUGGUUUGGACCACUCCUUUUUAUUUAUCGUCGUAUUUGGUUAUGUGUUUAUUAGGCUCGUACCUAUAUAAUUUUCGAUCUUGAACUUAAUUUUUUGGG